GUGAUGUGAUGUUCUUACAAAAAUACCUACACAAUAAUUAAAAAAGCUCUUAAUUAAAAUUUAUGAAUUAAUAAUUUUUUGAGAAAGCUUGUCUUUGAAAAGAAAAAGGUUUCUAUUAUAUAUAUAUUUUUAAAAUUUUCUACGAUUUUCUCUUUAAUAAAAUAACAAAAUUAUAUUACCUCUAUCAAAUUUCAAUAGUUAUCAUAAAAAGCUUAAUUAGGUUGUACGGUACAAGUCGUUUAGGAAGUGAAGAAAGAUGAAUCGAAGUGAUGAGUCAUUUGGACGGAGAUUACUUGGCUGCGUUUAAGCUAUCACAAGUGUCUCUCAAAUUGGCGGCGAUCAUGAAUCAUCCGGUGACUAUCAUAAUCAACUAAAAAACUCGGUUUCUGCUCAGAAGGCGGUGAACAGAAAAGGAAGAUAUGGAGGAUGCGGGAAAGAAGGUAGUGACGGAAGGAGUUGACUGCAAGAUUCCGGUGACGGAAGCGUGGAUAAGGAAGCACCGUUUGCUUUACGACGGCGCCACCAGACACCCUUUUAUCCGCAGUAUCCGUGACGGAUCAGUCGAUUUCACUUCUUUCAAGCGAUGGCUGGGACAGGAUUAUAUAUUUGUGAGAUCAUUCGUCCCGUUUGUAGCGAGUACAUUAGUGAAGUCCUCGAAGGAAUCCGGCGAUGGUUUGGAUAUGGAAGUGAUUCUCGGUGGGGUGGCGUCUCUAAACGACGAAAUCAAUUGGUUCAAGAACGAAGCUUCCAAGUUUCAUGUUUCUCUCACAAGCGUCGUCCCACAAAAACCAAACAUCAAAUAUUGCAGGUUUCUGGAGAAUCUAACAAGUUCAGAAGUCGAAUACCCAGUUGCAAUUUCAGUGUUUUGGGCCAUUGAGGUUGUGUAUCAAGAAAGCUUUGCUCAUUGUCUUGAAGAAGGGAAUAUGAUCCCAGAAGAACUACAAGGGACUUGUGAACGAUGGGGGAAUGAAGGUUUUGGAACAUACUGCAAGACUUUGAGGGAGAUUGCUGAUCGUUGCUUGCAGAAAGCGUCGCCUGAGGUGAUCUCGAAAGCAGAAGUGGCUUUUUUAAGUGUUCUUGAAUAUGAAGUUGACUUUUGGAAUAUGAGUGUUGGAGAAGCGUGAGUUAUGUGAAAAAAGUGUCUGACCUUUAAAAACUAUGUUAAGUAUGUUGAGUUAUUACUGUAUUAAGAUAUGUAUUAAUGUAUGAUUAACCUUUAACAAAUCGCUAUUAGUAAUUAUGUGAUUAUAGAAUUACAUUGCAAACAUGAGAACAUUUUUUAACUUUUUCUAUGUAACAUGAUUUGAAAG